AUGAAGCGCCGGAAGCAUCAAGAUGUGGCUGCCGGUAGCAGCAAAGAUAAGCCCAAAGAAGCAAAGAAGCGAAAGGACCAACAUAAAGAAGAGAUCAAGAACAAGGCCAACAAGCGAAGCAAGAAACAAGAGAAAAGCAGCCUGGCGGCAAGCAAUAGCAGCAAAGUCCAAAAAGUUGCCAAAGAAGAAAAGGUUGAUGUGGAGGCACACUUUCGCUCUCUUCAGCGGAGGUCUGGGGUUCCCACAGGCGAACUACCCAGAUUCUUUGCGCCAAUCAUUCCUUGCAACUCAGAUGCCAAGCAGCGAUGGACAUUCCGUGCUCGUAAUCUGCAACCUCUAACAGUGACAAGGUCUACCUGGAAUUCUUCAGAAGUGCAACGUUUACAAAGAGUGAUGCAUGCAGAACUCUUAGAGACCAGCUUCCAAGAGCAAUUCCAAAUCAAGGCUGCAAGUCUUGAUGUGAAGGGGCAACAACAACUUUUCGCAGAAGUUGCAGCAAAACUGGAGGGUAAGCGUUUAAGAGAGCUUCUCCCAGAACGAAUUGAGUAUGUUGACUGGCUCAACGUAUCCAACAAGCUGCGAGCCAUGAACCUCGGAGUGGAUGACCUGCCCUGCAUGAGCGUUCAAGCCACUCAGCGUCAGAAGGAUGCCAUGAAAGAAGCCCGCAACCGCUUUGGAAGUCUGACUGCAGAGAGAAUUUUUUGUACUGGAGUCGGCUUCUUUUUGCCUGUGGAUGUGUGCGUGAGUGAUGUGAACCAACCUGCAGACUGGUCCCCAGAAGACCUUGAGAAGUUGGAGCAGGUCUGUGCCGAGUGCGGCACCGACUGGCAACUGGUUGCAAGCCGUGUCGGUGACUUCAGUCCUGAGGAGUGCGAAGAGCAAUGGAGGCAUUGGAACGACCGGGAACGACGCACAUUGGGGGUAGCCAUUGACCUUCGAGUGUUGGAGGUGUUGGAGAGCCAUGGAGAGCCAGCAGGAUCAGCAAAAGAGGUACUUGAAACAUCUUGA